AUGGAGGCAAUUUUAAUUCAAGUCGUGUGGGUAAUACUUUUCUUUCUUUGUUUCUUUGCUAGUUUGUUGCUGCACAAACUUUCGCCGCAGCCAACCUUGAACGAUUUCCUUGCCACGACUGGUCGGCGCUACUUCGCCUCGAGCGCCGUCGUCUUCUGCAGGGAUGAUAGAGCGGGAACGGGACCAGCUGCAGGUCGGUCUUCUAACAACAAGCAAUCCCCAGAAAAAAUGUGCAGUGUACACACACCUCUAUUCCUUCAGUCGAAGUUGUCGCGUCAGAUGCACAAAGAUGCAGAAGACUUCAAAGAGAACACCGAAGAGGCCUUGGAAGAGGAGGAACAGCAAACAACAGCUUCUUGUGCCCCUGGAAAGAGGAAAAUAAUUGUUGUAGAAGAAGCACCAGAAGAAGCACCAAAAGAGAAACGACACAAGAAACCCCCCCCUGCUGCGCCUCCUCCUCCAUCUCCACCUCAAGUUCAAAUAAUACCUUUGCCUUUUCCUAUACAAAAAGAAGGAGAAGUAGAGAAAAGGCAUGAAGAAGAAGAGAAGGGGAUUAAGGAGAAGGAGCAACUUAAAGAAGUGCACGGCCUGUCACACAAAACCCAACUGCGUCCUAUUCAACGUACAUACACAGAGGCGCUGCCUCAUGGAGAAGAAAUAGGAGAAGAAAAAAGGAUUCACGCAGAAGAGAUGGAGGCACCAGAGGGAGAAAGGGGGGAAGAGGGAAAAGAAGAAAAAGUUCAAAAAAUAUCUCAAGAGACACGUGAAGUACCCGAAGAAGAGGAGGAAGGAGAGGAAACCCCUGAAGGGGAACUCAAACCUACAAGGGAGGAAAGGAGAAAACUUAGGGAGGAAGAAAGAGAAGAGAGGGAGGAGAGAGAGGAGGAGAGGGAGCGGCAAAGAGAAAAGGAAAAGGAAAUAGAAGAAGAGAAAGAGGAAGAAAAAAAGGAAGAAGCAGCGAAAGAGGAAGAAAGGAAGGAAGAAGCAGCGAAAGAAGAAGAAAAAGAAAAGGAGAGAAAAGAAGAGGAAGAAGCAAAGGAGGCAGCAAAAGCAGCAGAAGAAGAAGAAAAGGAGAAAGAAGAAAUAGAAAGGGAAAGAGAAAAAGAGGAAAAAGAAAUAUUAAAAAUUCCUUUACCGCCAAUUCCUUCGGAGCUUCCCCCUCCUAAGAUAUCACCAGAGGAGGAACUCAUAAAGAAAGAAGAGGAAAAAGAAGGAAAAACAAGUAUAUGGUGCGAUUUAAUUCAAUAUAACUAG